AUGCUGCUCACGACUGCCGCGUUCGCUGGUCUCGUAUUUGUUGCUCCUGGCGCGUUGGCGCUAGACAAUGGCGUCGGUCGUCUGCCUAUCCUUGGAUACAACACGUGGAACGCCUUUGUUUGCAACAUCGAUGAGAACAUCAUCAUAGAGACCGCUAGCCUCAUCCAGUCUCUCGGAUUGCAAGAUGCUGGAUAUACGCAAAUGAACCUCGACGACUGUUGGGGGGAGAAAAAUCGCAGCGCAGAGGGCCUCCUGCAAGCAAAUGCGGAACGAUUCCCCAGCGGAUUCAACAACCUCACCUCGCAAUUGCACGACAUGGGCUUGUGCGUCAACGCAGGCAUCUACUCCGACUCGGGCUGGCGGACGUGCCAGGACUACCCUGGCAGCUACAGCAACGAGGCCCUCGACGCGGAGACGUUCCAGAACUGGGGGUUCGACUACCUGAAGUACGACAAUUGCUAUAUACCCUUCGACGACAUCAUCCGCGAGGGCACACUCGGCAGGUUCCAGCGCAUGGCGGACGCGAUCGCGAACCUGAGCUCUACAACCGGGCAGCCGCCACUGAUCUACUCGCUGUGCGAAUGGGGUUGGAGUCAAGUCUGGCUCUGGGGAGCGUCGAUGGCGAACAGCUGGCGUGUCGAUAACGACAUCGGAGCGAACUGGGACUCGAUCGCGGGGAUCAUCAACUCGGCAUCAUUCAUCACGCAGGCGACAAACUUCUAUGGUCGCAAUGAUGUGGAUAUCCUCGAAGUCGGAAACGGUGACCUGACCUACGAAGAGAACAAGUCGCACUUCACCGCGUGGGCACUCUUCAAGUCCCCCUUGCUCAUCGGGACGAACCUCUCCGCUGUGUCCUCUGAGAUCGUUGAUAUCCUCUCCAACCCCGAGAUCCUUGCGAUCAACCAGGACCCCGUUGUCGGCACGAGCAUAUCGCCGUUCCGGUGGGGCUUGAACCCGGAUUGGACGAGCAACAGCACGUUCCCCGCACAGUACUGGAGCGGGCCGAGCCAGAAUGGGACGGUGUUCAUGCUGCUCAACACACUGAACGAGCCCGCUGACAUGUUCUUCAACCUGACCGAGUCGCCCUGGAUCCGCGCAGGCAGGGAGUACUCCGUCCGCGACCUGUGGACGCACACCGACAACGGGACUGCCAUCCGAAAUUUCACCGCGACGGACAUUCCCGCGCACGGCGUGAUUGCUGUGCUGCUUCAGGACGCAGGCGACGAGCCGGAUGGGAUAGAGCCGUCGUGUGCGGUCUAUUGCCAGUGCGGCACGGAAGAUGGGACGUAUGUGUAUGGUGGCUGUACGACGGAGUAUUAG